AUGUCGCUGAUCAAUGAAUUUCAUGAUUCCCUGCCGUACAUCGAUGGUGAAAUCACUCCUCAAGUUCGCGCUGAGGUAGACAAACUCAUCAACGCCGAAUUGCCAGCUAAUCACCAGAGUACCCUUCACCCUUUGAUUCCCACAUUCUCAGAGCCAACUUUCUCCGAUCUUGUUCAAAAGGAGCUCGAACGGAAAGCUAAUAACGAACCUAUUACCGGUGGAAUUGACCUGUCAAGGUACGAGGCCCCAGAGGCCCCUUCAACAGAAGGCAAAGAACGGGAAGAAAUUCUAAGCGAUUGGCGCGAAACCCUACGAAAAGCGUAUACAGCAAGUUCACAUCUUUCCGCGAGACAUGAGAAUCUAUCUUUACUGGAUGCCCAUGGCAAAAAUGCGUGGUUGAUUGGGAAUGCUCAGCUCGAAGAGAUCCUGAGGCAGAUUGAGAAGGAAUUACAGGAAACCAAAGACGCUACCGAUGAAGUGAAUAAAGAAAGAAAGCUUCGACAGGAGACUGCAAAGGGUGAAAUUGGCGGCUUAGAGGAUGCUUGGAGACGAGGGGUUAGCGAGGUAAUCAAUGUCGAGAUUGCGGCCGAGGCGCUGAGGAUGCAAAUCCUGGAAAGGAGACGACAACAUGCGAGAUCCUGA